CCUGAACGUCAUCGUCACUUUCAAUCGUCCCACCUUUUAAAACCCCCUUAAAAGUCUCCGAACACCUUCUCUCUAAAACAAAUCCUCUCUCUCUCUCUGAUCUGAUUCGAUAUGGGUUUUAGCAAAGAAGAGAUUAGCAGAAGCACAAGGUUCUGGUCUUCCCUAUGGAGAGGCAUCAAAACUGUGUUCGUUCUGUUCACAAUGUUCCUCUCUUUCCUCCUCGUCUCUGCUCCGAUCUUCCUCGCCGUCGCCGACGCUCUACUUCCUUCUGCCCUACUCCACCGUCUCUCCUCGCCAGCGAAUCUCUCUUCUCAUCUCACCAACUACGACUUUCGUCACUCCCUCAUCGAUAUUCCAUUAAUCUCCAUCGUUAGAUCCGCCGUUAUACUCUGUGUUUACGGGCUUUGCGACGGACCCAAGCUGUCGAGAGGUCCAUAUCUGACAAUAACGAUGAUUUGCUCUGUUUCCUCUCUGAUCUACGUUUCGUUAAAAGCGGCGUUUGUGUUCGGCGAGCCGGCGAACGGAGACGGCGGAGGUAGUUACUUCAGAGCGGCGGAAGUGGCUCUGUUUCUCUGCUCGUCGGUUUUAGCCAUCGGUCACAUAGUUGUGGCGUAUAGAACAAGUUGUAAAGAGAGGAGAAAGCUCCUCGUCUUCAAAAUCGACAUUGAAGCCGUUUCUGCAUGUAAAAACGUAUACCCGAGAUACCAAAAGAUCCUCCAACAAGAGAGGCUCAAGUAGAAACGUAUAUCAAGAGGCUCAACACUACUUGUAAAUAUACCUAUAUACACACAUGACACGUACCGUUAAAUAUGUAAAUAUAAAAAUAUACGACGUCUAAAUGUAGCUUCUUCACUGCCUUUCGGUCAACUUCUUCGCUUUCAAGUUUUCAGGCAGAUCCAAAGGAUAGUCUGUAAAGGCGGGAGGAACAGAUAGAGAGUGGAGAGCUAACAUCACCUAAUGAUCUUCUAUUCUUAUUUAAUGUAAGACAACUCCGAUGAAAUGGCAGUUGUUAGCCUUAAUAUUAGAUUAGUUAGGAAGAUUUGUAUAUAAUAUAGUUUUGUUUGUUUUUGUACUAACCUAGAGUUCAUCAAUGAGAAAAGAAGCCCAAGGCAUCUUUUUCUUAUUUCUCUCCUCUGUGUAUUGUCUGGAACUUUUUGGUUUUAAUACGUGUUUUGUAAUUGUAAAAAGAUGUGUUAUGUCCGCGUGAUUGCCUUUAUGCGUCAUCAAAUUUCUAAAAUAAUCUUAAAGCAACCUUUUGACGAUCA